GAGAAGCCUAUCGCUUUGCCCAGCUCCUGCUGUAGACGGCCAUUUUGCAAGAGAGUCUUGGAGCUAUUGUGUGCUUGCUUUGAAGCAGAGUCCUUCAGAAGCCAAAUGUUCAUCCUUCCGCCUUUGGACUGAGCGAUGGAGACCUUAAGCGUGGAGGUGAACAUGUCCGUAGAGGAAGGCGCAGUGAUGGCCGCAGAGCUGGAAAAGGAGACUCAGAAGGCAUCCCACUAUAAACUAUGGGCAGGAGUAAAAGCCCCACAAGUUGUCCACCCAGGCACAAUUGGAGAGUUACAGAUGGUGGCUGCUCAAAAACAGAUAAAAUGUGAACCAGAGGAAGGGUUGCAACAGCACUGGGAAAUCCAGUGGCAGGAGUUCCUGCGGACGCUUCAAGCCCCUGACUCUAGAUGGGGGAACCCACGAGUGGCCACUGAACCCACACCGUGGGAAGACGCUAAGGCUUUCCUGGCCUCCUUUGAGCAGGUUGCGUCAGCUUGUCGGUGGCCUCAUGACAAAUGGGUGACUUUCCUCUUGCCGGCCCUCAGUGGAGAAGCCGAGCGGGCCUUCGUCACCCUCAGUGCCCAAGACAGAGAGGAUUAUGGGAAGGUAAAGGCAGCCAUCUUGCAAAGAGAGGCUGUUGUGAGGGAGAAGCAGCGACAGCAUUUCAGGCAGUUCUGCUACCAGGAAGUGGAGGGGCCAAGAGCAGUUUACGGGAGACUCCAGGAACUUUGCCGUCAGUGGCUGAAAACAGAGAGGCACACAAAGGAAGAAAUUUUGGAGCUGCUGAUCCUGGAGCAGUUCCUGACCAUCCUGCCCCAGGAAAUGCAGAGCUGGGUCCGGGAAUGUGGUCCUGAGACCUGCACGCAGGCUGUGUCCCUGGCUGAGGAUUACUUGUUGAAGCAGAACACACCGAAAUGGGAAGGUCAGGUUUUGCCGCCUUUCGGGGUGGUGGGUGCAGAUUCCUCGGAAACAGACCAGGUUCCAUCGCCUGAUGCUUGGAAACUUGGUAAGGUAGCGAAGCCACCCAGGAAAGCAGAUGGAGCCUUGCAUGGUGACCAGCAGGGAUGUGAGAAUGAGACGGAGGGUCUCCCUCAGAGACGUUCCAUGGUGGUGGCACCAAAAGAGGAGUUGCCAGAAAGAGGCCACACCUUCCGCUAUUACAAGGAGGUGACGAGGCUGCGGAUUCAGCAAGGAUCUGAGGAGGACGAGGGGGAGCAUCCAGAGGAGAAUGAGGCUGAGGCCGUUCUUUACUGGGAAGGUGAUUCUGGGAUGGAAGUAAACAGUGUCCGGCAAAAUACCACAUGUGGCGAUGGAGAAUCAAGGCCUGGCAACUCCCGUUGGAGCUCUGGAGUUCCCGGCCAUCAAAGAAACCACUCUGUUGAGAAGGAGGCGGCCCCCAGCUCACGUCUAGCCCUCGUUCAAAACGAGAUGAUCCAUCCGGGAGAAAAAUCCCGUCAACGUUCCUAUUGUGGGAGGAGCUUCUCUCCUAGCCCAAGCCUUGUGACGCAGGAAAAAUUACACACAGGAAUACUUGAAGGGCACCAUUGUCAACCACUGGAGCGACAAGAUCCAUCCUCAAGAAGAGACAAAUUAUCCCAGAAUUAUGAAGAAGAAACACAGCUUGGGGGACAGGAGGGGCCAAGUCUAGAGAAGAACACAGAAGACGCUCUUUCCAGCAGGGGAGGGAACGUCCGGUGGGAAGAUGUCAAAGGCGUGCCCCGACUUCACCACUGCUACUGUGGAAGGAGCUUCAAACACCGCUGUAAUCUAAAGGCACACGAGAGGACCCACACCGGCGAGAGGCCACACAAGUGUCCCGACUGUGGGAGGAGUUUCGGCAAGGGGUCGACUCUCCGAGCACACGUGCGGACUCACACAGGUGAGAAGCCGUACAUGUGCUCGACGUGCGGGAAGCGGUUCACAACCCGCUCGGGUCUCCUGACGCACGAGAGGAUUCACACCGGAGAGAAGCCCUACAAAUGCUCGGACUGCGGCCGCAGCUUCAUCCAGAAAUCAUGUCUGCUGGCCCACGAAAUAAGCCACAAAGGAGAGAAGUCAUACACGUGCUCAGACUGUGGGAAGAAUUUUGGGCACAGCUCUGGACUUCGGGUGCAUCGGAGAAUCCAUUCUGGGGGGAAAGACAUAGAAAAAUGCUGAGCACAAAGAAAACUAUGGUUGAAUAUUUAACUCAACUGAAGCAGGAUAGACUGAGAACCCCCUAAAAA